UUUUUCUUUUUCUUUUUCUUUUCUUUUUUUUUUUUUUUUUUUUUUUUUUGGAGCUGGGGACCGAACCCAGGGCCUUGAGCUAAAUCCCCAACCCCAGAAGUACUAAUUUCAAUCUCAAAUCACAGAUAAGAAAUGAAACUCAGCUGGAUGAUGGUGAUGCAUGCCUUUAGUCCCAGCACUUGGGAGGCUGAGGCAGGUGAAUUCACAGAGCUGAGCUCAGGGCCAACCUGGUCUAGAGAGCAAGUUCCAGGACAGCCAAGGCUACACACUGUCUGGAAAAACAAAAAGCAAAAGAAGAGGAGGAGGAAAAGGAGGAGAAGGAGGAGGAGGAAGAGGAGAAAAAGAAAUUAAACCCAAUGCAAUUUACAAAUUGCAAAUUUACAAAAAAGAAAUACAAAUGCUUAUGACUAGGGCCUGUUGCUUUAGGUCAAUAAUCCCAGUUACCUGGCAGGCUGAGGAAGCGGGGGAAAUCAUAAAUUUAAGGCCAAUUUGAGCUAUGCAGAUCCUGUAUCAAAAUAAGGUUGAAUGUGGUGAUGAAUUCCACUUAACUGUUUUUUUUUCUUAUGAUUUAUUUUUAUGUUAUGUGCACUGGUGUUUUGCUUACAUGUGCGUCUGUAUGAGGUGGUUGGAGCCUCUGGAGUUGUUGUGACAGUUGUGAGCUGCCAUGUGGAUGUUGGUGAACUAACCCAAGUCCUCUUAGAAAUGCAGCUAAUGCUCUUAACUGCUGAAGCAUCUCUUCAGCCCGACAAAUGCCUUUAAUCCCUGCAUUCCCAGCACUCACAGGCAGGUGAUCUCUGAGUUCCAGACCAGCUAAGUCUUUUACAUAGUGAGACUGUCUCAAAAACGAACAAACAAAAACUAAACAAGAUUGAGAGAUGGGGGCGGGGCACGAGGGGGUAGAUGUAACUCCAUAAGGCAUUUUCCUCACAUGUGGGAGUUCAACCCAUAGCACUAAAAUAAUUAAAUGUAUCAUUUAGUUCAUAUAGACAUUAGUGGUUGGUUACCUUCCUGACCUGUGCUCCUUUUUAAAAAAUAUUUAAGCUGAGCAAGAGGAGCACGCAUGGCAGAAAAGAAAAUUCCUGACUUCAACCUGUGCACUGUGACGAUCACAAGCGCACUCACACACAAAUAAUUUUAAGUUUUUUUUUCCUUUUUCUUUUUUUUUUUUUUAGGAGCUGGGGACCGAACCCAGGGCCUUGUGCUUGCUAGGCAAGCGCUCUACCACUGAGCUAAAUCCCCAACCCCCAAUUUUAAAACGUAAAGUUAAAAUUUUUUGAGAGAUCUGUGACAUUUGGAGACACUAAAUAAUUCAAACAAGUGUUGAGGGGAGGGUCAUCAGGUUGCUAGAUUAUCAGUGUUCCUCUUCUUCCCUGUCCAGGUUCACUUCUUUCAGGGCUACACAAGACGGACUAGCAGGCUUUUCUGAGGAGUGAUCAGAAGCACAGAAAGGGCUUCCAAUCCCCAUAAAUCUUAACCCAGCACUUUCUCUAUAGCCUCGCCCGGCAGCGGCCCGGUUCUUGGGAGACAGAAGACAUCCUUGGCAACAUAGCCAGUUUAAGACUAGCCUUCACUACAUGAAACCUUGCCUUAAAACAAAAAAGGCCAAAUUUCGUGGCAUACUCCUUUAACUGCAACUUUAAUUGUACUUCCGUAAGUCAAAGUUAAAGCCGCGGUCUCCAACCGAGAACUAAACACGAAGCGGAAAGGGCGGAGCUCCGUCAGUGCCACGUAGGGGCGGUGAGCCGCUGUAGUUCGGUAAUGUGCCGUUUAGCCUCACUUCUGCUUCCACGGCAUGUUUUAAUCUUCCGAGAAGCCUUUCUAAAAACCUGGUGCACCUGGCUUCAGAAUGCAUUUGUACAGCGCUGCCUGUAUGUUGCGUGGCAGAAGAAACGACGAUACUGCGAUCUACUUCUCCAGUUCCUCCCACUUCAUAGUGCAGCCAUCUUUGGGCAGCAGUGAAUCAUGGGAAUCCCCGCCUUGCUCUCCGAGUAUUUCCGGUUCCGGCGGAGGCCGCUCUUUCUUUUUCUCCGCAGGGUCGCGGUGGCAGCCGCUGCGGUGCUUGGCUCCCUAAGCUAUCCGGUGCCAUCCUUGUCGCUGCGGCGACACUCGCAACAUCUGCAGCCAUGACCGAGCAAAUGACCCUUCGUGGGACCCUCAAGGGCCAUAAUGGAUGGGUUACACAGAUCGCCACCACUCCGCAGUUCCCGGACAUGAUCCUGUCGGCGUCUCGAGACAAGACCAUCAUCAUGUGGAAGCUGACCAGGGAUGAGACCAACUACGGCAUACCACAACGUGCUCUUCGAGGUCACUCCCACUUUGUUAGCGAUGUUGUCAUCUCCUCUGAUGGCCAGUUUGCCCUCUCAGGCUCCUGGGAUGGAACCCUACGCCUCUGGGAUCUCACAACGGGCACUACCACGAGACGAUUUGUCGGCCACACCAAGGAUGUGCUGAGCGUGGCUUUCUCCUCUGACAACCGGCAGAUUGUCUCUGGGUCCCGAGACAAGACCAUUAAGUUAUGGAAUACUCUGGGUGUCUGCAAGUACACUGUCCAGGAUGAGAGUCAUUCAGAAUGGGUGUCUUGUGUCCGCUUCUCCCCGAACAGCAGCAACCCUAUCAUCGUCUCCUGCGGAUGGGACAAGCUGGUCAAGGUGUGGAAUCUGGCUAACUGCAAGCUAAAGACCAACCACAUUGGCCACACUGGCUAUCUGAACACAGUGACUGUCUCUCCAGAUGGAUCCCUCUGUGCUUCUGGAGGCAAGGAUGGCCAGGCUAUGCUGUGGGAUCUCAAUGAAGGCAAGCACCUUUACACAUUAGAUGGUGGAGACAUCAUCAAUGCCUUGUGCUUCAGCCCCAACCGCUACUGGCUCUGUGCUGCCACUGGCCCCAGUAUCAAGAUCUGGGACUUGGAGGGCAAGAUCAUUGUAGAUGAACUGAAGCAAGAGGUUAUCAGCACCAGCAGCAAGGCAGAGCCACCCCAGUGUACCUCUUUGGCUUGGUCUGCUGAUGGCCAGGUAAGUGUAUUUGGCCCUUCAGCUCAGUUCCCCAGCUUGUCUCCCUUUUUCUUAAGUUUAGGCACAAAACUAAGGUCAACAUAAAAUGAAAUCAAAUCAGGUUAAUUUAGGAUGGGAAAAGAUUAUGGUAAUGGAGUUUUUAAACCUGGAAGCUUAAAAAUGUCUGAAUGUGUAGCAAGCUGCUUUUAACAUGAAAGAGGGGCCCUAAAUUCUUUGGACUACAGAGUUCAUUGCUGGGUGCGACAUGACCCUGUUGUUGUUUUCUUACAGACUCUGUUUGCUGGCUAUACCGACAACUUGGUGCGUGUAUGGCAGGUGACUAUUGGUACCCGCUAAAAGUUUAUGACAGACUCUUAGAAAUAAACUGGCUUUCUGAAA